GAAGAAAGCAAGAGCUUCCGGCAUGUGCCUCGGCCGGUUUAUAGUGGACCCUACUGACAUCAGCGCGAAUGGUUAGCGCAUUGGAACUUUCGACUGGUACCGGAUAUCUACAAGCGAAAAGUAGACCCAUGCAUCCGAGGUAACUGCUCAAGCAUGCAGCAUGACAGAUUACAUACCUACCUAUUCCUUCUUAAUGUAAUCAUAAACUCUACGAACCUUCCAAACUCUUUCUACAAGAUUAUAUAUCAACCAGUCACAUCUACGCCAUUUCAAUACUACCUUAAUACCAAUAUCACAGCCUAAAGGAGAAACAAUCACAAUGGGCGCAAUCGACCGAUUAACACAAAUCUCCGGCCAGAUCGCUGGUUCCAAAUCCGCACGGGAUAAGAUCCUUCAGAAGAGCCCGGACGACAUCGUGGUAACAGCAUGUCUUCGAACGGCUUUCACGAAAGGUGGCAAGGGCGGGUUCAAGGAUACGCAGGCAGCCGACCUAAUGGCGGGUGCGUUGAAGGGACUCCUAGAGCGUUCUAAGAUCAACCCGGCACUAGUCGAGGAUGUCUGUGUCGGUGAGGUCCUAGCCCCUGGUGGCGGCGCCACAGAGAUGCGGGCUGCCGCUCUCGUCGCUGGUUUUCCCGAGAGUACCGCCGUCCGUACACUCAACCGUCAAUGCUCCUCGGGCUUGCAGGCGUGUGUCGACGUUGCGAACCAGAUCCGCGCUGGCAUGAUCGAAGUCGGCAUUGGUGCCGGUGUUGAGAGCAUGAGCUUGCAAUACGGUCCCAACGCCGUAACCGAGUUCUCCGAGCUCCUCGAAUCUCACCCCGAAGCCGCCAACUGCAAAGUGCCCAUGGGCGUUCUAUCCGAAGACAUGGCGCGCGACCGCAACAUCAAGCGCGCCGACCAAGACGCCUUCGCCGCCUCAUCUUACCAAAAGGCGCUCAAGGCCCAACAAGCCGGUCUCUUCGACGAGGAGAUCCACCCGCUAUCAGUGCAAUUCACCGACCCGAAGAGCGGCGAGACCAAGACAAUCACCGUAUCCAAAGACGACGGCGUGCGCCCCGGCAUCACCGCCGAAUCGCUCGGCAAGAUCCGCCCCGCGUUCGCAGAGAACGGGUCGAUCCACGCAGGCAACGCAUCCCAAAUUUCCGACGGCGCCGCCGCCGUUCUCCUAAUGAAGCGAUCCACAGCGGAGCGUCUCGGGCAAACCAUCCUGGGUAAAUACGUCGCAGCCAGCAUCGUCGGCGUGAAGCCUUUAUUAAUGGGUCUCGGGCCGUGGAAAGCGAUCCCGAAGGCCUUCGAGCUCGCGGGCGGGUUGACGAAAGACGACGUCGACAUCUUCGAGAUCAACGAGGCCUUCGCGUCGCAGUGUCUGUGGUGCGCGAACGAGCUCGGCAUCCCGCAGGAGAAGAUCAACCCCAAGGGCGGCGCCAUCGCCUUCGGCCAUCCCCUCGGGUGUACCGGCGCGCGCCAGGUGAGCACCCUGCUCUAUGAGCUCAGACGCCGGGGGCAGAAGGUCGGGGUUACGAGUAUGUGUAUUGGUACGGGUAUGGGUAUGGCUGCUGUCUGGGUUGCCGAGUAAGGCGCCUAGGUACCUAAGAGACAACUUUGCUCAGAGCGAGGGAUGCCGGGGAUUUGAAAAGUACUGUGCAACAUCGAUGUGUACUACUUACAACCAUUUUGGAUACGGGAAGACUCGUCUAGAGUCCUGAUAUGCAUAUAUAUACCGUCACACACGACAUCAUGGCUAUGGUCAUGAUUGGGGACGGCGGUCAGAUAGCAUUUGUGUACAUUAUAUAUCCGCGCGGCGUUUAGUAUGUGUAUCGUAUCAAAUCGUAUCAUACCAAA